AUGGCUUCAACCCGAAGCAGGCUGUGUAUCCAGGGGGAUGACCACCUGCAGUCCAUGUUCAUAGGGACAGUGAUGAGGAAGGUCAAGUCUCGCACCUGGAAGAAGCAGCGCUACUUCAAGCUUCAGGAUGACUGCAUGACCAUCUGGUACAAGUCCAAGAAGGCUGGGAAGGCCCACUCCACAUUCUCGGUGAGUGACGUGGAGGCGGUGCGAGAGGGCCAUCAGUCCGAGGUGCUGCUCAGCAUCGCCGAUGAGUUCCCUCCCGACCGCUGCUUCACCCUGGUGUUCCGCGGCCGCCGUGGCAACCUGGACCUGGUAGCGGAGUCUGCGGAGGAGGCUCAGUCCUGGAUCAAAGGCAUGCGCAAGCUGAUCGAGAACCUGGAGAACAUGGGGGAGAGCGAGAGGCUGGACCAGUGGAUCUGUGAUUGGUUUAAAAAGGCCGAUAAAAACAGGGACGGCCGCAUGAACUUCAAGGAGGUUCGAGACCUGCUGAAAAUGAUGAAUGUGGACAUGAACGAGCACCACGCCCUCCGCCUCUUUACGAUGGCAGAUAAGUCGCAGUCGGGCACGCUGGAGGAUGAUGAGUUCGUGCUCUUCUACAAGAUGCUGACGCAGCGGGAGGAUGUGCUCAGGGUGUUCCAGGACUACUCCGCCGACGGCCAGAAGCUGACGCACCGUGACCUGGAGGAGUUCCUGCGAGAGGAGCAGCUGGCGGGGGACAGGAGCGAGCAGCGCGCACUGGAGCUCAUCGAGCGCUACGAGCCAUCGGGCGCAGCCAAGAUGCUCCAUGCCAUGUCCAUAGACGGCUUCCUGAUGUACCUGGGCUCACCUGAGGGCUCCAUCUUCAACCCCUACCAGCAGGACAUCUACCAGGACAUGAGCCAGCCCCUGUGCCACUACUUCAUCUCCUCCUCCCACAACACCUACCUGCUGGAGGACCAGCUGCGUGGCCAGAGCAGCGUGGAGGGAUACAUCCGCGCGCUGAAGAGGGGGUGUCGCUGCGUGGAGGUGGACUGCUGGGACGGCCCAAACGGGGAGCCCAUCGUGUACCAUGGCCACACCUUCACCUCCAAGAUCCUCUUCAGAGACGUCAUCACUGCGGUGGGAAACUAUGCCUUCAAGGUAUCACAGUACCCAGUCAUCCUGUCCAUUGAAAACCACUGCAGUGUUGAGCAACAGCGAGCCAUGGCCCAACACCUCAACCAAAUUCUGGGAGAUAAGCUGCUGAAAACCACGCUGGAUGGCAAAGUUCCCAACGGGCUGCCCUCUCCCGAGGAGCUGAGAGGGAAGGUUCUGUUGAAGGGGAAGAAGAUCGGCAGCCUGGAGGCCAGUCUGAACGGCGUGGCGGAGGAGCCGCUGAUGGGCGAGGUCAGCGACUCGGACGAGGCGGCCGACAUCGACGAGGAGAACCUGCGGAGCGACAGUCUGCACCGCAGGGCCAAGAAAUCGAAGCAGCGCUUGUCGAAGGAGCUCUCAGACUGCGUGGUGUACUGUAAGAGCGUCCGCUUCAGCAGCUUCAAGCACUCGCGCAUCCACUCCAAGUUCUACGAGAUCUCCUCCUUCACAGAGUCCAAAGCGCGGAAGCACAUGAGGGAGGCAGGGGCAGAGUUUGUGCAACACAAUGCCAGGCAGCUCACCCGAGUGUACCCCAGCGGCCUGAGAACAGACUCUUCCAACUUCAAUCCGCAGGACAUGUGGAACGCGGGAUGCCAAAUAGUUGCUCUGAACUUCCAGACAGCAGGCAUGGAGAUGGACCUGAACGAUGGGAUGUUCAGUCAGAAUGGGCGCUGUGGCUACGUCCUAAAACCUGAAUUCAUGAGGAGCCCUGAGAGGAGAUUUGACCCAGAGAGCCCUCAGAACUGCGAUGGGUACCACCCAGUCAGCCUGGCCAUCCAGGUUAUCAGCGGGCAACAGCUUCCGAAAGUGAAUAUCAAGGAAGGCUCAAUCGUGGACCCCUUGGUGAGGGUGGAGAUCCACGGAGUGCCAGCGGACCAGGCCAAGCAGGAGACCAGAUACAUCGACAACAACGGGUUUAACCCCGUGUGGUACGACAAUCUGCAGUUCAACAUCCAUGUUCCUGAGCUGGCACUGGUACGCUUUGUCGUUGAGGAUUACGACAAGACAUCCAAGAACGACUUUGUUGGCCAGUACACCUUGCCAUUCUCAUGUAUCCAGCAAGGAUAUCGUCACAUCCACCUGCUGUCUAAGGACGGCACCAGCAUCCCUCCUGCCUCUCUGUUUGUGCACAUUAGGAUCAGUGAGCUGGCGUAA